AUGGCAACAAAUACUAGAAAGAGGACAGGAGAUGAUUCUUUAGAGCUUUCUACGAAAAGGUUACGAAUUGAUGCCUCGAGUUUUCUGCCAGCGGCAGACGUACUGGAUGGUGAUAAUGAUAAUGAAUACAAGCCGGAACAAGACCAGAUCUCAGAGGAGGAGGAAGAUACUAUAGAAGCAGCAGAUACACCGAAUACACCAUUUUCACCUGUACCUGGAAAAAAAUUCCCAUCCGAGUAUAAGACGAUAAAAUGUACUUAUGAAGGAUGUACAAAAACAUUCAAUCGACCUGCAAGAUUGGCAGCACAUCUACGAUCACAUGCCAAUGAACGACCUUUUAUAUGCUCAUAUGAGGGUUGUGAUAAGGCAUAUAUUGAGGAAAAACAUUUGAAGCAACAUAUCAAGGGAUCUCACACUCACGAACGAGAAUACACAUGUGAUUGGGAAGGGUGUAAUAAAAGUUUUUUGACGGCCACGAGGUUAAGAAGGCAUAAAGAUGCUCACGAAGGCCAUGAAAGGUUCAGAUGUACAUCAUAUCCUCCCUGCAAUCAGACGUUUCGAAAACAUCAAACACUCCAACGCCAUAUUCGUUCCGACCAUCUCGAUUUGGCUCCAUUCCCGUGCACAUACAUCGAUCCGAUUACGAAUGAACUCUGCAAAGCAGGAUUCGAUGCUUCAGGUGGCCUCAAAAAGCAUAUGGAAAGAACUCAUGGAGCAGCCACGUUUCUAUGCGAAGAAUGUACAGUACCAGGAAAAUUCCACGAAGAUGGUACACCCGUACCGUUAGCUUUCACAACAAAUGCCAAGUUACAAGCACAUAUCAAGAAAGAGCAUGCAAAUUGUAUGUUCUGUGAUCGAAAAUGUUCCAGUCAACAACUGCUUCAAAAACAUAUCGAUACUCAACACUCGGGCACUACACUUGAAGAACGUAAGAAUAUACCUUGUGAAUAUCCAGGCUGCCCGAAGACUUUUACUAAGAGGGCGAAUCUACAAGUUCACAUGCGCACUGUACAUGAUGGGCAGCGUUUUAUUUGCGGAACAUUUGAUGUUUCUCAAACUCCCGACCUCGCAUCUUGGAAUGGAAGCGAUUCAUGCGGUAAAGAUUUCGUCUCGAAAGUUAAUCUUGAAGAUCAUAUUCGAACACAUCAUCUCGGCUUACCCAGUGUUUUGAAUGCGAGAGGUAGACGAAAGACUGAUUCACAGACUAGACGUUCCGCAAGAAGGGCACCCGAGCAAACCGAAAUUGAGGAAUUAGCGGGUUAUGAUGCCAGAAGAACAAUUGACUGUGUAGUUCAGGGAUGUCCUCAUAAAUUCAUGAGAGAUUAUGAUUUCCAUGAACAUAUGAGGAUUCACCACCAGGAUGUCGGUUUUAUGGAUGGUCAGAAUGAUCUGAAUCUACAUAUCGAUAUGAGUUUGAUGGACCAGUUUCCCUAUACAGAUAAUGGAGGGGAAUUGCCAAGCCUGGAUUUCAUGAAUGAUGGUACGGGGAUGGAUAUAGGCGCUCUAGACAUUGGAAUGGAUCUGAUCGAUCCGGCAUUACAUACACCCAACUUCAAUCUGGAAGCAUCAGCAUCGGCAUCGGCAGCAGCCUCUGUAGCACCUUCAAUCAAUGGAUGGGAUACCGCAGAUGUCGCUGCAGAAAUAGAUCUGGAUUGGGACUUUCAAAGACAGGUACUAGAAGGAGGACGAUUUUGAAUUGGUGGAGAUGAACCGCAGAUUCCUGGGGGUUCACAGGAGUGGUCACGAGAUCAGGCAGAGAUGAGGAGUUUAAUUGAUUGAUAGAUGCCAUCUAAUGAAGGUCUAGAACUUCGACCUUAGCCUUGGCUUAGUCAUCGGACUUGUCAUAGGUCGAAGAUAUAAACCUGAAUCUCGAGAUAUUUUACAUUGCAAAGAGCUAUCCGGUGGUUACAGCGAAAUACAUCAAAUGCUCAUCCUCUUCGCUAGGUCAACCAGUUUUGGGAGGAUAAUGGGGUAGCAAUGGAAAUCUGUAACAUGAUUUUCUUACUUACCUAAUGAGGGAUAAAGCGAAAAAAAAAAGAUCAGGGAUAGCAAGCGCUGCAUACAUCUCUAUGAUGUCGUUAUAGCUGGACUAUACAUUGCAUUGUAAUGCAUUGUGCUGAAUUGUACUAUACUAUACUGUAUUGCGUUACUGCCGAAACAUAGACUUGGGGGAGAAAAGAGAGGUAGUGGAAAGAUACCUACCCACCUUAUUAUGAUGGAAUACAAAUAAUCAAUAAAUACAAUGAAUUAUGUUACACAUGAUUAUAAUAAUCAUACC